CAGAUAUAUUCAAAUUCUACUUCCAAAAUGCCCGGUUGCUUCAUCAAUAUUCUUCCAAAUUGGUUUUCUAGUUCAUCAAAACGUCGAAGGAUUAUACAACAGGAGAGCCCACUGCUCAAUAUACCUCUGGACGCUGCUAACAAAGUUUUGGAAAAGUUGGAGCCUAUGGAUCUAUACUGUCGUAAUGUGUGUCUAGGACUGAGGCACGCUGUUGAUGGAUUUGGAAUUCAUGUUAACACAGUUGGUUUUAGAAUAUACGACAGAGGCAUUCGUAUAUCAUAUGACUACAACACUACAGAUUACAGUCAACAAAUCAACGAUAAAGGUUUAUCUAUGACUUACAAGAAACUGGAAAGAACAUACAAAAAACAAAAUUACGUAAAAUUAGCGUUAAAGGACUUUGGAAUACUAUUGCGUUACGCAUCGGAAUUGAAAAUAUCUGCUCCUCACAAAUGCUACACCAAUAAGAAUUUAAAACUUCUUCUGAAAACUUGGAAAGCCAAGAAAUGGAAUCAUGUUAAGAAAUUAGAAUUUUCGAGAGUACACCUUGAUUUCAUACUUUCUAUAUUUCCACACUUCAAUUCCCAAGGGCUGGAAAGUAUAACAAUGCGGAAUAUUUACUUAGAUGAUCAAUUUGAACAAAUCACUCAAUUGGAUCAAUGGAAAAACACGAAAAAUUUCUGUUUUGAUAAUUAUGAGCUAGAAUGCCCACCCUUCGAACACCUGUUUCACUUCCAAACGUUUGAAAUUCACAUACUCAACUUUUCAAUAGAAAAUGCUAUUCAAUUCAGAGAUGACCUACUAAAGAGAAAGACAUUUGAAAGUUGCACAGUACGGUUUGGUGGUACAACUGAAUUUAUUACUGGACUUAUUCAAACUGAAGUUGCAAGAGUAUUCAAGUCGGAUUAUGUAUAUUCUUCCGAGGAAUAUGAAUAUUCGAAUGAUAUGAACAAAUUCACCAUUAAAUGUCACUAUGGUCAAUUGUUCAUAAAAAGAUGUUGAUUAAAAAAUGUUUAUUACAUAGUCCUCAAUAAAUAAAUUUCUGAUAAAUUUC